AGCUAAAAUAAAUUGUAAUCAAAAUGAAAGAAAUCAGGCUAGGCGAGAACUUAAUAGGUAUAAUAUGCAUCGCAUAGCAAGAAAUAAUAUUGCUAUAGAGAGUAACUACCUCGGAGAAUUAAACCAUAAUUGUCAGUAUUGCAGUGCAAAGAAGUUUUUAAAUGAAACUCAUUUUUUGUGCUGCCAUUCAGGAAAAGUUGCAUUAGCUCCUCUUUCUCUUUAUCCGCCAUUGUUGACUGGUUUAAUGACAGGAAACCAUGUUGAUCAUGCUGUAAAUCAAAAUUUUUUUAAACACAUAAGGAGUUAUAAUUCCUCUUUAUCUUUUGCUUCCUUCACUGCCGAAAUAGCUCCUCCCUCAAAUAAUGGCCCUUUCUGUUUUAGGGUCUGUGGGCAAAUUUUGCAUCGUGUUGGAAAUUUAAGGCCUGCAGAAGGUUGUCUGCCCAAAUAUUGUCAGCUGUAUAUCUAUGAUCCUAAUGCAGCAGUGUCAUUCAGAGUGGAACAACCUGGUAAUGAUGGUUGUAUACAUGAGUUAAUGCAACUCUUGCAAACAUUAAUUAAUCAAGAAAACCCAUUUGCUCUUGCAUUUAAAAACAUGGCAGAAGUAGAGGAUGAAGAAAUCCGCCAAGCAGCUUUAGAAGGUAGACCAACCUCUGUUGUAAGAAUGUCUUUGCUUGAAGGUCAUGAUAGACGUCGAUACAAUCUUCCUUCCCAUGAGGAAGUUGCUAUUGUGUUUGUGGGAGAUGAUGGUGCUCCACCUGCAUCCAGGGAAAUUGUUAUAUACCCUCGAGGUCAGCCUUUAAGAACAAUUUCGUCUAUGUCUGCAAAUUUGGAUCCUUUGGUAUAUCCAAUAUUCUUCCCGAGAGGUGAUGCUGGAUGGCACAAUCAACUAGAGCACAACCCUGACCGUGCAACCCGUGUUAGAAACCAUGUUACUUUGUCUCAGUAUUAUAAUUAUAGGCUUGCUGUUAGACAAACUUUUAGUCCUAUAUUCUAUGGUAAGAAACUUUUUCAGCAAUAUGUUGUUGAUGCAUAUGUCAAAGUUGAGGGACAGCGCCUUGCUUUUAUUAGAAAUAACCAAAACAAACUUAGAAGUGAGCAAUAUGAUGCGUUGCAUGAACAUGUAAUUAAUCGUGCUAAUGAUCUUAAUGUAAGACCAGGCCGUGUUGUUAUAUUGCCUUCUUCAUAUGUUGGUAGUCCAAGAGCAUUAAAAGAAAACUUUGAAGAUGCGAUGGCAGUCAUAAAGAAAUAUGGUAAACCAGAUCUAUUCAUUACUUUUACCUGCAAUCCAAAAUGGAGAGAAAUAGUAGAAAAUUUAAACCCAGGCCAAACUGCUAAUGACAGACCUGAUUUAGUUUGUCGGGUAUUUAAAAUGAAACUUAAAUUUUUCUUAGAGGAUAUUUUUAAGCAUGGAGUCUUAGGCAAAGUUGUAAGUCAUGUGCAGGUUAUUGAGUUUCAAAAGCGUGGUUUGCCACAUGUACAUAUUUUAUUGCACUUUGUAAAUGCUGAUAAGCUAGAAACAGCAGAAGAUAUUGAUAGUUUGAUAUCAGCAGAAAUCCCAGACCCAGCUGUUGAUCCUGAACUUUUUGAAAUUAUAAAAUCAUGCAUGAUACAUGGACCAUGUGGAAUUUUAAAUCCCAAUUCUCCCUGCAUAAAAGAUGGUAAAUGCACAAAAAAAUUUCCUAAGGAAUUUAAUCCCCACACUGUUGCAAUUUUUAAUGGUUAUCCACGCUAUAGGCGCGUCGAUAAUGGAAGAAUUGUAAAUAUAAAAGGUAAUCAAGUUGACAACCGUUGGGUUGUACCUUAUAACCCAUGGCUUUCUAAAAAAUAUCAAGCACACAUAAAUGUUGAAGCCUGCAUGACCAUAAAGUCAGUUAAGUAUUUAUAUAAGUACAUUUACAAAGGGCAUGACUGUGCCAAUGUGGUGAUAAAUGAGCAAGUUAACCAUGAUGAAAUAAACACGUUUUUAAAUUGUCGCUAUGUCUCAGCUCCAGAAGCAUUGUGGCGAAUAUUUGAGUAUUCUUUAAGUGAUAUGUCACAUAACAUCAUUCGACUUCAGGUUCAUCUGCCAGAUAAUCAGAUGAUAUAUUUUGUAGAAGGCGAAGAACAGGCAGCUUUAGACCGUGCAGCACAGCGUGACACUCACCUAACUGCAUGGUUUAAAUUAAAUGUUGAAAAUGAACAAGCCCGACACUAUCCAUAUGUUGAAAUUCCUUACCACUUUGUUUUUGAUAGCAAACAUUGUAAAUGGAAAGUUAGGCAAAGAGGUAGCAAUAAGGUGAUUGAUAGGAUGUAUAAAGUGAGUCCAAUAGGUGAAAUAUUUUAUCUUAGAAUGUUACUUUUGCAUGUUAGAGGUGCAGUUUCUUUUGAAGAUUUGCCUACUGUUAAUGGUACAGUUUUUAAUACAUUCCGAGAAGCAUGUUCUCAAUUAGGUCUGUUACAAGACGACGCUGAAUGGAGAAAUACAUUAACUGAGGCUGCUGCAACUCGGUUGCCAAAUCAAAUUAGACAGUUGUUUUCCAUUAUUUUGACUUUCUGUGAACCUGAUGAUCCAUUAAAUCUUUGGAAUGCCUUUAAAGAUUUUAUGAUGGAGGAUUACAUUCACCAUUCCAUGCCACCAAUAAUUGCUAAGCAGGCAGCUUUGCGUCAAAUUGAAUCUAUAAUUAAUCAGAAUGGUAAGACUUUAGCUGAUGUUAAUCUUCCUACUUUAGAUGAGUUUUUAGAUUAUGUCCCACAAAAUGAAGAGGAAGAUGUUCAGGUUUUAAUUAAUGAAGCAAAUAGGGUUAGACCAUUGUUAAAUGAUAAUCAGCGUCAAAUUGCUGAUGCUAUCCUUUCUGCUCUUAGUGAGCAACCUAACAAUGAAAACAAGCAGCCUAGAUUGUUUUUUAUGGAUGGCCCUGCAGGUUGUGGCAAAACAUUUACAUACAAUUAUUUAAUCGCUGAAACCAGCAGUAGACAUAUUAUAACUGCAACAGCUGCAUGGACAGGAAUAGCUGCAACUCUUUUAAAAAAAGGAUGUACACUUCAUGGUUUGUUCAAACUUCCUGUGCCGAUUUUGGAAAAUAGCACAUGCAAUGUAACUCCAAAUUCUAUACACGGAAAAUUCUUGAGGCAAGUUAGCCUUUAUUUACUAGAUGAGGCAUCCAUGAUACCUAAACAUGCUUUAAAUGCCAUUGAUAAGUUACUUCAAGACGUUUGCAAUAACAAGUUUCCUUUCGGUGGUAAAGUUAUUCUUAUGGGUGGGGAUUUUAGGCAAAUACUUCCGGUUGUAAAGAGAGGGCAACCAGCUGAUAUUGUUGAAGCCUGUAUAAAAUGUUCUCAACAUUGGCAAUAUGUUCAGCGAUUUUCAUUAACAGAAAAUAUGAGGGUUCAGGCCGAAGAAGAGGAAUUCUCUCAAUGGCUUUUAAAACUUGGUAGUGGAACAUUACCUUUAAAAGCAGAUGGUUCCUUUCGCGGGUGCAUUGAGAUUCCUGAGCAAUGCUUGCUUGGAGAAAAUGAAUCUUUAGUAGACAAGAUUUUUGGAGUUGCAGAAGAAGAUGAUUAUGCUAAACGUGCCAUUUUGACGCCCAAUAAUGUUGAUUCUUUAGCAAUAAAUGAAGAAGUUUUGGACCGUUUACCAGGUGACGUUAAGGUUUAUUUAAGUGCUGAUACUAUUGAAACAGAUGAUCUUAACGAAAUCAAUAAUUUUCCUGUUGAGUUUUUAAACAGUCUUACUCCAUCAGGAAUGCCUGUUCAUUGCCUAAAGCUAAAAAUUGGUGCUGUUAUAAUGUUACUUGGAAAUUUAGAUCUAAAAGCUGGACUUUGCAAUGGUACCCGAUUGAUAGUGCGUGCUCUACAAAAUAAUUACAUUGAUGGGCAAGUUCUAACAGGUGUUUCAGUUGGCAAGAGGGUAUUUGUCCCUCGGGUUCAGUUAACACAAUCUGAUUCAAAUUUACCUUUUACUCUUAAGCGUCGUCAAUUUCCUGUAAGAUUAGCAUACUCAAUGACCAUAAAUAAAAGUCAAGGUCAAACUUUUGACAAAGUUGGUAUUUAUCUCAAAAACCCUUGCUUUUCACAUGGUCAACUCUAUGUUGCAUGUUCAAGAACAAGAUCGUUUAAUACCUUAUUUUUUAAAAUUGAUGAGCAUUCAUUACAAGGUAUGUCAUUUAACAAAUGCUACACAAACAAUGUUGUAUUUACCAAUGUACUAAAUCUAUAAAUAAUUAAUUUUUUACAAUUAAACUCCUCAUUUCUUAUAAAUAUUUUAACUGUAAUUUAAAGUAUUUUUGUGUGUUGCUUGAUGCAGUAAUGUGUGAUAUUUAUUAUGUGUUUAAAUAUGUGUUAAGGUUAUAUUUUGUAAGUGUUUAUGUGUAACUAAUGUGUAAAUGACUGUUAUAUGUGAAGUGUAUU